AUCAAGAUCCGGGCGGAAACUCUGGAUGGGCAGGUGCAGCCGGGCAGAGCCGAGGUUGCUUUGUAAAGCUUUCUGGGGAUCCCGAGGGCGAGUCAAAUCAGAGUUGUUGGGUUUUGCUCCCGCUGACUCUGCUUGUGAGGAGCGGCCAAUGCUGAGGCCUCAGGGCUAUUGCCUAGCUUGCCAGUUAGCUGAGUAGGCGGCCGAGCGGUGCCCCUAGCGGGUUAACAUGUGGGCCUUUCCGGACUUGCCCGUGCCGCUGCUGGUGAAUUUGAUCGGCUCGUUGUUGGGAUUUGUGGCUACACUCACCCUCAUCCCAGCCUUCCAUGGCCACUUUAUCGCCGCGCGCCUCUGUGGCCAAGACCUCAACAAAACCACUCGGCAGCAGAUCCCAGAAUCCCAGGGAGUCAUCAGUGGUGCAGUUUUCCUUAUCAUCCUCUUCUGCUUCAUCCCUUUUCCUUUCCUGAAUUGUUUUGUGGAGGAGCAAUGUAAGGCAUUCCCCCAUCAUGAAUUUGUGGCCCUGAUAGGUGCCCUUCUUGCCAUCUGCUGCAUGAUUUUCUUGGGCUUUGCUGAUGAUGUACUCAAUCUGCGCUGGCGCCAUAAGCUACUGCUGCCCACAGCUGCCUCACUACCUCUCCUCAUGGUCUAUUUUACCAACUUUGGCAACACAACCAUUGUGGUACCCAAGCCCUUCCGACCAAUUCUUGGCCUGCAUCUGGACUUAGGGAUCCUUUACUAUGUCUACAUGGGGCUGCUGGCAGUGUUCUGUACCAAUGCCAUCAAUAUCCUAGCAGGGAUUAAUGGCCUAGAGGCUGGCCAGUCUCUAGUUAUCUCUGCUUCCAUCAUUGUCUUCAACCUGGUGGAGCUGGAAGGUGAUUAUCGAGAUGAUCAUGUAUUUUCCCUCUACUUCAUGAUACCCUUUUUUUUCACCACCUUGGGAUUAUUCUAUCAUAACUGGUAUCCAUCACGAGUAUUUGUGGGAGAUACCUUCUGCUACUUUGCUGGCAUGACCUUUGCCGUGGUGGGCAUCUUGGGACACUUCAGCAAGACCAUGCUACUCUUCUUCAUGCCACAGGUGUUCAACUUCCUCUAUUCACUGCCUCAGCUCCUGCAUAUCAUCCCCUGCCCUCGUCACCGUAUACCCAGACUCAAUACCAAAACAGGCAAACUGGAGAUGAGCUAUUCCAAGUUCAAGACCAAGAGCCUUUCUUUCUUGGGCACUUUUAUUUUAAAGGUAGCAGAAAGCCUCAGGCUAGUCACAGUGCGCCAGAGUGAGAAUGAGGAUGGUGCCUUUACUGAGUGUAACAACAUGACUCUCAUCAACUUGCUGCUUAAAAUCUUUGGGCCCAUACAUGAGAGAAACCUCACAUUGCUCCUGCUACUGCUGCAGGUGAGAUUGAGGGUGGAGUUUAUACCUCUUUGUCUCCUGUUCUCCGUGGUUCUUAUUCCAGUCCAUUUCUCCUUGCAGAUCCUGGGCAGUGCUAUCACUUUCUCCAUUCGAUACCAGCUUGUCCGACUCUUUUAUGAUGUUUGAGUUCCCUGAAGAUUGCCCUUUACUAUGGCACAGUCUCCAGGGUCUUAACCUGGGCCAAUCUUGUGUCCAAGACUGCCUCCAGGCCCAGGCCUCUCCCACUGUUCACUAUACUCCAGAUUUUGUUGUUGCGUUUUCCUUCACCAGUUAUUAUCGACUUUCUGGGCCUUUCUAGCCCUCCAAUGAUAUUAAUUGGACUUUGGCUAUGAUUUUCUUCAUCUUGCCACUUUCCCUUCCCAUCUGAUCUUUGCAGCCUCCUAAGGUGGGAUGCAGCAACUAUAAUGCAGAUACUUAUAAUUUAACAUUCAGAGUCCUGACUCAAGGAAUAUGCUUCCAGAUAGAAUACCAGUCGGUCUCCAGUUCCCUAGCUGACUAUAUUGGCUGCUGAGGAAGGGCCACUACACAGACAUUGAUACUUUAAAUUAAGUGUUCUGAUUAGUAAGGUGGGGGCAGAUGCUCUCACUGGUGACAAUAAAGAGUUGAUUUUUUUCUUGUU